AUGAAAGGGAAGAGAGGUCGGGAUCAUCUGGAAAUCUCCAGUGGGAGAUCGGGCAGCGUGCCUGUCGAGGAGGAGACUUUGUACAGCGCUGUUCUUAGUGGAAAGUUUCCGAUGAACACACUGGCCGGCGGAUGGAUUGAACGGUAUCAGCGAGAUCGAGACACUGCUCUGCUCGAGAUCAUUCAAUUCUUCAUCCACGCAUCUGGAUGCCGAGGAAAAGUGACAACCGAGCUCUACCAGGGAAUCGGCGGGGGAUUCCAAGAAGUCCUCAAAGCAAUGACGACGGAAUUCGGCGAAGAAACGAGCGAGUACCCACUGAUCAUCUCGACGAACCAAUUUCGUCGCUUCAAAAGCUGCCUGUCAGAGAUCAUCACUCAAAUCGCCACGAAAUGCUACGAAGGCGAACUUUUGUACGACGAGUUUUUGAUGGACUACGUUCUUCAACUGUUGAUCGAAAUGUCGCAGAGUUUUGUCCGUGCUUUUAGGCACACGGGCACAUUUUGCUCGAUGAAGUUGAUGUCUUCUCUUGUCCAGGCCGCGUUGAACGUCAAUAAAGAAAUCGAAGACACUUCGAAGCAAUACGAGAUCGAGUACUCCAAAAUGGGCGGCGAAAGAUCUCAGGACGCACUGGAUAUGUUGAGCGACAGGAAAACAGAGCUCGAAGGGCAUCAACAAGAAGUCGAACAGUUUCUCAACAAUGUCUUCAAAGAUAUCUUCAUCAUGCGCUACCGAGACAUUUGCCCAGAAAUCCGAGUCAUUUGCAUGGACGAAAUUUCCGUGUGGAUGAAGACUUUUCCCAAGGUCUUUCUAUCCGACCAAUAUUUGAAAUACGUCGGCUGGUUGUUGAACGACAAGUCAAAGGAAGUCCGACGAUCGUGCUUGACCGCUCUGGGCGCGCUGUUCAAAGAUCGAGAGCUGUGCCAAGAUUUGGCUCUUUUCACCAAACGAUUCAAGAAGCGGCUAAUUUCUAUGACCUGCGAUGUGGAUCAAGAAUGCGCCGUUGCCGCCAUCAAGGCUCUCACAAAUGUCCUCGUCAAUCGCCUUGAGCUGAGCCUCGAUUUCUCUGACGAAGAUUGCGAAAGUAUUUACCAACUGGUCUUCCACGUCCACCGCCCGAUCGCUGUGGCAGCUGCUGAGUUUUUGAACAAAAAUCUGCUCACAGGAACUGGCUAUGAAGAAAAUUCGUUCACAAGGCGGGGAAAGCGACGAUCAAAGAACGCACCACAUUUUAUCAAUCUCGUCCAGUUCUACACAGACGCAGACAUUCAUCAGCACACGACGUAUCUGGUCGACGCGCUUUGGGACGUGAAUCCGAGUUUGCUAAAGGACUGGGAAUGCAUGACGCAACUUUUGCUCGAUGACGACAGCGCACUGAAGCAUCAGGACGAAACCGCGCUUGUUGAUCUUCUCGUCCGAACUGUCAAGCAAGCUGCCAGUGGCCAACCACCCGCCGGAAGAACAGGCGGUCACCAGAAAAAGCACACUGGCCAGAGCGCUAGAACAAAAGUCGCAGAAGACCGAUCGUUGCUUACCGACGAGCUCAUUGAAUCGCUGCCCAAGCUUUUCGCCAAGUUUGGAACUGAUCGCGAGAAGAUUAUUUUACUGCUUCAAAUCCCGCGAUUCUUCGAUUUGGACAGCUACACGGUGAACCGAGGGGAGAAGUUCCUCGACGAGCUGCUUCACGAAUUGAAGCAGAUUGUUAAAAAACACGCUGUUGAAGAGAUUCUAGUGGAGGUUUCAGAAACGUUCGCGUAUUUGGCAAAUCCUGACGCCACGAUCUGUACAAAAGUGCACUCGGCUGUUACUCUUCUUGUCGAUCAUUUGAACGAUAACUUUGUCCAGACGAUCAACUUUAUGCAGCAGAAUGAAAAUGAGUUGAGUGGAGAAGAUACAGCCGUUCUUGGAACUCUUGCCCGGCGACUUUCAUUGCUUUCUGGAAAGAAUGAUUUGACUCACAAGGGAUUGGGAAUGACCGCGAUCGAAUUGUUGAAGUCAAGAAUCAUGGCGAAUGAAAAUGGAAUGAAUUUUAUUCAGCUUGAUGCUGGGCUAACAAGUUCUCUGAUGAACAUGAUCUUCACCGACUGCUGCUGGUGGAAGAUCAAAAUUGAAGAAGGUCAAAUCGACGAUCAAGAAAGAGUCCUUCGAAAUCUCCGAUUCAUGGUCGACCAAAUGCUUGAGUACGCAGAGAUUUUGCUCAAAUCUUCAUUGCCUAAGGAAACGCACGAGUCAGUCUACUGCAAUACUGUCGAUGUUCUCCAACUCUUUGCGCCACAAAUCGCUCAUAAUCCUAUCUUUGAGCCCCUGAUUACCUCUGCCGGUGACAGUCUCAUCGAGUGCUUCAAAAUGUUCUUGGGCACUUACGUAUUUGAACCAGCGAUGAAUGGAUCCGCCAAAAAUACGACCGAAAGCCGCGCUGACAAAAAUCAGGAUCUCGUCAAGCGCCGACGUUUCCUUGCGGCUUAUUGCAAGCUUUUUGCGUGGAAGUGGAUCGACAUGGUUCACGGAGCCGAAGUGUUGAUGCACUACUUGAAAUGUUACCAAGAUUACGGAGACAUAAUCAAAGAAGCAAUUUCCAAAACUCGAAAUAUCGAUCAAGGAACCUCUGCCUAUACGCUCGUUACUGCCCUCCAAAAGAUGUACCUCAAUCUAUUGGAUCAGAAUAAUGGUGUCUUGGACAAGUCAUCCCAAGACUUUGCUCAGUUGAAAGAACUUGCCCGUCGUUUUGCUCUCACAUUCGGCCUCGAUACAAACCGAACUCGCGAUGCUGUCAGUGAACUUCACAAAUGGGGCAUUGAAUUUGCAUGCAAGGUCUAUCCUGGAGAGAAUUUGCCUCGCUACAUGAGCUUCUUGGACGUGCUGACCGAAUUCUCGACGAAGCUCAUCAAACAGGAUCGACCAGUCAUCGUUAAUCACCUCAAACGAAGACUUCCUCAAGGGGUCGAGCCUGCUGAAGAAGAGGAGUACUGGAUUCCUUUCGUCACUUACCGGAACACUUUGGUCCCAACAGAAGGAAGGCUGCGCAAUGUCCCGGCCCGAGGAGCUCAUCGAGUCAACCAAACACCUCAAUUUGUCCCUGCUCAACAACAGUCUAUGCAGAAUCGUCAACGGCGUCUAUCCAAUAGUUCCAUCAUGUCCAAUGAUUCCGCCGCAUCGGAUAUUACUGCUGGUAUGUCAACCCACCAUAGCUACAUGGAAUCCACUGCCAUUCCUCGGCAACAAAAUCAGUCCUCAAGGUACAGUAACGUGACGUCAACUCCCGGGUCAGCAGCAUCAACAGAGACUCCUGCAACAAGAUCAAGCACCCUCACUAAAAGUUCGAGCAGUAUUCGAGGAGUUCUAAAGCCUCGCAAACGGCAAAUUCAAGACUAUACUCCGCCUACCGCAGAAAUAGGCGCACUUUCGAUUUCGACUCCGGCGGUAGAAAUAAGCGCCAAAAAGCCGCGUAAACUAAGAGGCGUUCCCCAGUCCACACCAGCAGGCCAAGGCAUCGACCCCGAAAAAGGCCGGGGAACCUCGUCCCGUAGAGUCCGCUUCCAAGAAAGUCAGAAAGAGAGUACUACCGGAAGCUCAGUCGGUAGAGGGCUUUUUAAUGAUAAAAGCAGCACAGAUAAUGCAACUGUCAGUCCUUCUCAGGAUAAUAGUGCAGGAAAUACUCAGUAUGAGAAUGUUGCUGACAGAAACGACGGCGAGACUACAGAUGAAGACAUGGAGGACAUCAACAACCGCCUCCAGCAGUCCGAGAUUCAUGGAAACACCGAAUCUGAAGCGUCGGAAGUGGAAGAAGAUUUCAAACCCCGAGUUAGCCAGAUUCAAGCUCAGAAAAACGAUUCACCAACCGCAACUGAUUUUAGAGACUUUCUCGCUGAGGAGCAGACUCAAACUCAAUCUCCUAAAAUUCCUAUUAUCAAGCCGGUUUUAAAGAAACGCGCAAGGUUCACCAACCGGCCAGAUAGUGAAAGCGAGGAGGGUCAAGAAGAAGAUGAUUCUGGAAGCGCAACAGAGACGGAAGCACCAGAAACUCCAAAAGUCAAAUCAAAAAGACAAGGCGGACACCGACGAUCUAAGAGUCAGAAUUUGUCUCAUCGUGAUAGUAAAGAUACAUCUGAUUCGGACUCAGGAAGUGCGACCGAAACUGAGGCCACGCAAAAGACUCCGGUGAUCAAAAGACUUGGUCGGCCUCGAUCCCGUCAUCACAGAUCCAUUGUUUCAAAAUCUCCUGAAACACAAAAUUCCGAGCCAGGUCCGAGCGGUCUUCAAUCUGAUCCCUCGGAGCCAAUCUUAAAUCGACCUGGUCGACGAAGAAUUCGAGAUAAUAUCUCGACCUCGGAAUCCGAAGAUGAGCAAUCCCAGGUCGAAGAAGCUCCCGAUGUUUCUCCAGAAAAAUCCGAACCAACUGUUAUUCGACGAGGACGAGCUCGACGUGCUCGUAAUGAGGAUCCAUCCUCGGAAUCUGCUCUUGAAACGACGAUGGAAGCUAAAUCGGAUUCCGAAGACGAUUCUGAUAAAAAGAAAGACAGCGACAAGGAAAACGCUCCAGCUCCGGUACAACGCGAGCCUACUACACCAAUAGUAAAGGCGCGCCCUGGUCGACGACGCAAGAUGCAUUCGUUCGACACUUCUGACUCAGAAAAAGAACAGACACAAGAAAUUGUACCGGAUAAAGAAAAGCAAACUUCUACUUGGUCUACUGGGAAUUCCUCUCUUCAGGAAACAAUAAUCGCUUCCGCUGAAAUGUCACCAGAAAGGGCUCGUGGUGCCCGGAAGAAAACUCAAUUUCAGAAGCCACCUGCAAUGUCUCCCCGGAAGAGUCAGUCCUCCCAUCGAACUGCCUCACAAGAACGAGUACAGAUGGAAACUGGGUUUGAGCUUGAAUCGCCAUCAGAUGAUCACGUAAGUUCGUCUGUGGGAGAGCUGCAGAUUGUUGAAAGCGAGUCGGAGAAGAAUGAUCAAAGUGAGAAGGAAAAUAACGAGCCGAACAUGAUGGAAACUGAGGGAAUGGUGACUCCCACAAAUUUUGUUCGAGCUCAGGGUAUUCGAAGAAAGAAAGGCUCUCAAAAGAAUCCAGCGAGAGAUAGUGUUCUUAGCUCGGAUACGCGACACAUAGAGUACCCACAAACUCCUUCAACGACGGUUGCGACUACGUCUACGUCCUCCAGCUCCCAGAGCCCUGUUGUCUCCCAGAAGCGGACUCGCUCCUUCCGCCGCCGUUCCGAAGUCGUCCCAACUGCUCAAGAGCCACCUACACCGACUCCCGCUCGUCGACGUUUGAAGCCAGUGCCUGAAAACGACGAAAUCAGCAUUGGAGGCUCGGAUAGAAUGCAUGUCGAUGAACUGCGAACUAAUCAGCAGUCGCAAAGAAAGUCUCUGGAUGCCAGAGUUCAUUUGGAGAUCAAGGAAGAGUCCGAUUCGGAGAUGUCAGAAGCCUCGGCAUUCUCUUCACAGUCUCGCGCGUCUACCGCGGCAUAUGAUAUGGAGAAUCCAGUUGAUACUCAGUAUCACUCUCCACAAGCUGAGAGCGACGAGUACGGUACACCCGAUGAAGAAUUGGAAGAGCAAAGACCAACUGAACGUAUUCUUGAGAGCCAAAGUAUUGCGAUCUCAACUGAUAGAAGCAGUAACAUGCGCACCUAUUCUUCUUCUUCACGAGCUGUCAAUAUGUCGAAUCCUUCAACGAGACCACGGACAUACUCUUCUUCUAGCCGAGCGAUAGAACGAAUGUCCGAAGAUGAGUCUGAGUACAGCGAUGCUGGAAAUGCGAGCUUUCAAGCUCACACGGGAAUCGGACAAUGCGCUUCCUCCGAUAUGAUCUCAGACAUCGGCACCGUUUGUUCUCCGCCAAGUCGCUACAUGCGAGAGCGAAGAAAACAAUCAGACUCGAUGACCGGCAAUGCAAGCUCAACCAACUCGCGCAAGAAGCGAUAA